GGUCCGCUUCCUCGCCGCGGAGCGAGCCGUUUUGAGGGAGGCGGACGAAAGAUACCGGGUUCGGGUUUCGGUUUGGGGGAAGGAACAGGGGAAGUAAAUAAUUUAAAUGUAUUGAAUAACUCGGAAAGUACGACAGGGAGCGACAGCUGUCGGGGAAGAGUGGAAAAAGGGCUUUUUGAGGCGGAAAUUGUUAAGUUUUUGAGGGUUUUGUGAGCUGCAGCUCCUCCAGUUCUCCUGGCUUUUGUUGACUGUUUAAAUUGUCUGGCUAGUUAAACUCUGGCUAACUAGCUAACUUACAGCUAACUAGGUUAACUGACAGCAGCAGAAACGAUGGAGAUAAGAGAUAAACUGGGUGAAAUGUAGUUUAAAUGGUUGUUUUAAUAUCAUGUUGUGCCGUUGGGACGCUUUCACUCAGGUCCGCGUCAACAAAGCAGCCGGUUAUUUAACGUUAGCUGAUUUUAACCGACAACAUCCAGCUGCUGUUGAAUCAAUAACUAGCUAACCUUGGCUAACUAGCUUAGCUAGCGAUAAGCUAGUGUCUGUCAUAUCCUUCAUAUCAUACCUAGCGCUAAUAAAGGUCGUUAUCUGCCGGUAGUAGUAUAGUAUUAGCUCCCCAAACCCACAGCUGGAAGAUGGCAACAACAAAAGCCAAGGCUGGACUGAACAAUGAAGGCAGUCCUUAUCGGGAGACGAGCCGGACAGAAGCGGGCAGUCCGGGGUUAUCAGCGGGAGGAGCAGCGCCCUUACCCGGGGCCAACAGUAGGACUUACUCCCUGGAGGACUUUGACACCGUGGCUACUGUUGGUACAGGAACAUUCGGCAGGGUUUUCCUGGUGAAGGACAAGAAGACGAGAGGGUUCUUUGCCCUGAAAGCCAUGAAGAUCCCUGAUGUGAUCCGAUUAAAGCAGGAGCAGCACGUCCAUAAUGAGAAGGAGGUUCUGACGGAGGUGAACCAUCCCUUCCUCAUCACACUGUUUUGGACUCACCAUGAUGAGCGUUUCCUCUACAUGCUAAUGGACUACGUACCAGGUGGCGAGCUGUUCAGCUACCUGCGCAGCCGCGGCCGCUUCAGCAACAACACAGGCCUCUUCUACUCUGCAGAGAUAGUGUGUGCCAUCGAGUAUCUGCACUCUAAAGAGAUCGUCUACAGGGACCUGAAACCUGAGAACAUUCUGCUGGACGGUGAAGGACACAUCCGUCUCACAGACUUCGGCUUCGCUAAGAAACUCUCAGAUCGGACGUGGACUCUCUGUGGAACUCCUGAAUACUUGGCCCCAGAAGUCAUCCAGAGUAAAGGUCACGGUCGGGCAGUGGACUGGUGGGCUCUGGGUGUCCUUAUCUUCGAGAUGCUUGCUGGGUACCCGCCGUUUUUCGAUGACAACCCCUUUGGCAUCUAUCAGAAAAUCCUGGCAGGAAAGCUGGAGUUUCCACGGCAUCUGGAUUUCUAUGUAAAGGAUCUCAUCAAGAAAUUUCUGGUGAUUGACCGGGCAAGAAGACUUGGUAACAUGAAGAAUGGAGCAGAUGACGUCAAAAAGCACAGGUGGUUCAAGUCCAUAGACUGGGAGGCAGUUCCGAAUAGAAGACUGAAGCCACCCAUAGUUCCGAAAGUGUCUCACGAAGGUGACACGUCUAACUUCGACGCCUACCCUGAAGACGAGUGGAAGAAGGAAACGCCGGUGCCGCAAAAGGAUCUAGAACUGUUCAAGAACUUCUGAAUGGAGUUUUUAAGUGGAAAAUGAAAUGAAAGCAAGAAAGAAAGAAAGAAAAGUCUGUAUUUUCAAACAGGGCGCUGAGAAUUUACUCAUUCCUGAACGGAGUCCAGAAUGAUGUAAAUCUGCCCUUGUCUCGCUUCUGCGUGGACUGAUGUCAUUGAGAGACAGAUUGAGGAUCAUGAUUGACCUCAUAAACCAUCAUCAUGAAGAGCUAAUGCAUAGAGAAGAAAAAGAAAUCUUCAUUCCCUUUACUUCUGUUACUCUGGGCCUACUUUUCUUAUGCAAAAAAAAACAUACAGGACAAUGGAUUCUGCACCAAAAAUGACUUAUUUUUCUUUAAAGUAAGCGUGUUUGCAAUAUCAUGGGCGAUUUUAAUGCUUCCUUUCGCUGGAUCAGUACAACAUCACUGAUUACCUCAAGAAAAAGUGGUAUUAUUUUCUACUUGGGUGCCCACGAGACUUUAAUAUUCUUAUGUUUGUAUGUUUUUAUAUUGUUACAAAGCCAGGAGCACACUACAAGCCAGUAGACUCUGGUGGAGUUUUAUUUAUAUAAACAGUAUAAGCUGUAUCUGUCUGGGUUUAAAAUGUUAGGACAUAGGCGGCAUUUUUCUGUGAAGUUACAAAGUUACAUAGUGAUAGAUGCCUCCAUUGUCUUAAUCUAAAAAAAGCCAGAGAAAGCAGAGCAUUACAUUUUUUUUAUUUCAUUUUAUUUUUUAUUAUAUAUAUAGUUUUAUGUUUUAAUUUUUGGUCUGAGACUGUUAAUUACAGGUACGGAUAAACCUCAGACAGCUUUGUAUGGUUGAUGAAUCAUAAAUUACAAACUACAGAAGUACUUCAAACAAAUCUAUUGUUGGCAUUUAGACAUAUUGUCCAGAAUUUAGGACUUUAAAAGAUGAAGUUUUCAUACCUGUAGUUUGUUUUGUCUGGGCUGAAUCAGUUAACGAGUUUGAAAACGUAAAGGUUUUUUUUUUUUUUUUUUUUUUUCGGUAAAAAUGAAACAAACCAUGUGAGACCUGUCUGAGGGGGCUUGAGCAAAAAAGUAAAUACAGGAAAAAUGUCCUGUUUUCUGGAUUUUUGCACAUUUAUGUGCAAUUUAACAGAAAUCGAGCAAAAACCAAGAUGACUCUAAUAUACCAGAUUAAACUACAUCUGCAGAAGGUAGUUUAGCUCAGACUUGUGUAGUAAGAUUGGAUUCUAUUUCAAUCUCAAGUGAACCACAAGUUUAUUGAGCUGUUUGCAGUUGUUUUGAUCCACAUUCAACUGCAAAUAAAACUGUAUUCAGACCUGCCCAAACAGAUCAUCGCAUCAAGAGUGAAAACGAACCAGUAUCAAGAAUUUAACUGUAUUUAAAGAUGCAGGAGUUCUCAGACUAAAGCCCUAUCUGGACGGGAUUAGUUUUUCAGGGGUUUUUACUCCCAUCCGGAACGACCAUGUACGUGUUUUUCUCAGAAAAUCACCAUCUGAGAAAAUUACAGGCUGAAUUACCUACUGCUUUUCACUGAACUCCGUGGUCCUCUGGUAAUUUUAGUCCUGUCCAGACGCAAAUCUCUGAGUUUCAUCACCUCGUGUUUAAUAAAAAAGCUAUUUGUCCACUGCUGUGCACCGUAAUUACACCUUGGGCAUGUGUUUCCAAGGAGAUCCACCGGAUGGUCCUCCGGGUGCAAGAGUUUUAUCACUGAGUAGAAGUGUGAAAUGUUUUUUCACAGGCGCCCCCCUGAGAAACUAAUCCCAUCGGGAUAGGGUUAAAGAUACCGAUACUAUGACUUGAGAAAUCUUGGACAUCAGCAGCCGAAGUCAGAGAAAAAGCAGGAUUGUCUUUGACACUUUCGUCUGGCUGAAUAGAUAGAUGGUGCUCUAUCCCCUCAUCACUACUAGUGGGAUUCUGACCACCAGCACAGGCAUCUGGGCAUUCAGAGCUUUCCUCAGAGUUUAUUGGCUGUCUACUGAUGCUGUCUACUGAUUGGCUGACUUCACAUGUAUCGGAGGAGGCAUACAUCUGUCCGUAAAUUCGGGGGCAUUACAAAAGAUAUGGAGUCCCAAUAAGGUGUGAAAAUGUUCUGAUAUAAAUUUCCAAUAAUAUCUCACGUCAUGGUGCUUAAAGAUCAACCAUAAGCUUGAGCACAAGCUUUGUUUACCUUAAGGUUUACUGAACCCUUACUUUUACGCUUUCUAACCUUCUUAUGAUGAAGGCGUGUCCUGAUCAUGUCAUUACUUGUAAAUAACCCUUCGAAUCAACCUCGAGUGCAUGGCGUAAAAAAUGCGUAAAAAUUGAAACUGAAAAUGUAACUUUUAGCACUUGCCUGAGGUGGCCUUAUUUUAGGAUGUGUGAAUCGUCUUUAUAGACUAAAACUAAACAGCGCUGGUGUGUUUUACAGCAUUCGGUGCAUUUGUAAAGUUUUAGAGGACUAUUACAGAAUAUAAAUGAGCUUGUCGUAGAGUUUAAAAGGUUGUUGUUUGAAAGGUGUAACUACUGUGUAUGUGUCUGAAUCAGAUUCUUCGUUUUUGAAGUUGUAAUAAGGAGAUGAAUUUCAACUGCAAAACAAAUGUAAAUAGUUUAGAUUAUGGAUAAGUAAUGGUGGGAUCAUGCGACACUAAUUUAGCUUAAUUAAUUUAACCUAAUUAAAUGUUUGUGACGAAUGAGCCACGAAGUUUGUACGUUGACUUUAAAUUUAAAGGAGAACUCCGGUGUGAAAUGGACUUGGGGUUUAGUGAAACUUGAUAAAAAGUACAAACUUUUGUCGAAUUGCCCACCUUCGUUCUCCCCCAGCAUUAAUAUAUAUUGAUUAAUAUUGAUUAAUAUAUAUAUAUAUAUAUAUAUAUAUAUAUAUAUACAGGCUUACAAUGUUAGCGAUAGGGGCAUAAUAAGUAGCCAAUGCAAAGAAAUGGCUUUUUAACACCAUUAACAAACUCAAACUCAAGACCGCUAGAGCCAAGUCCAAAUCAAGACCAAGGCUUUUUAGUAGUUUAGUCCUAUACAAGAUCGAGGUUUGGAAAAAAAAAAAAAGAGAUAGAGACCAGAUUAAGAUGUAAAAAUAAAAACAUUUAAGUAUCUUCUCUAUCAAAAUUAUGCUUAAUUUGCGUCUUUUCCAAGUAAAAAAAAAAAAACAAUUACAAUUUGCCAUUAAACAGCUGGUCACUAAGGUUAGUUAGCUGGCAGCUAAGAUUAGCUCCUCACUAACUUUAGUUCUCUCCCUGGUAACAAUAGUAUUUAAGCUAGCUUGUCGCUAAGGUUAGCGAGCUCAGCGCUAAGGUUAGCUAGCUCGUCGCUAAGGUUAGCUAGCUCGUCGCUAAGGUUAGCUAGCUCGUCGCUAAGGUUAGCUAGCUCGUCGCUAAGGUUAGUGAGCUCAUUGCUAAGGUUAGCUAGCUCAUCGCUAAGGUUAGCUAGCUCAUCUCUAAGGUUAGCGAGCUCAUCGCUAAGGUUAGCUAGCUCGUCACUAAGGUUAGCAAGCUCAUCGCUAAGGUUAGCUAGCUCAUCGUUACAAAGAGCUAGCUCGUCACUAAGGUUAGCGAGCUCAUCGCUAAGGUUAGCUAGCUCAUCGUUACGAUUAGCUAGCUCAUCACUAAGGUUAGCUAGCUCGUCGCUAAGCUUAGCUAGCUUCUCGCAAGCUUUAGUACUCUUCCCGGUAACAUUUGUGUGUUAGCUAGCUUGUUGCUAAGGUUAGCAAGCAAGUCCUGCAUACAAAUUCACGAUGAUUCACAUAACCAAAGAGUAUAACUCAAGCGAGCUGGUGAAAAAGAGCACAUUUAAAUAUUUAUUCAAAAUAAAAAGUGCGUUGAUUGAUUGGAUACUGAAAGAAAGUGGGAGGAGCUUGUUUUUUCGCUGUAGUGUGCACUGUAUGGUUAUCAAUAACUUGGUGCUGACCACACAUCCUUUGCUCAUCUUUUCCAAGAUAAAAAAAGCAGAACUUUUCACCAAAGAUGACCCGUCUCUCCAUAACAGUCUGGCACAACUACCCACCAAGUUUCAUUCCUAUUGGUUAAUUUCUACUGGGUGCAACUAGCAUUUGAUGUCCAACGCAAGACAAAUCCAGCAGUCUGGGGGAAAAGAGUAAAAGUGUACUUUUAAAGAUAAAAACAAAGCCUUGAUCGAAGCUUCUGAAGAAAACUUUGCACUGUCAGUUUCAGAAGUGUAGCAAUAUGAGGCAAAACAGCUCAAAUACGUCAUCGAAAAUGCUGGAAAAUAGUGCUUCCCAUGCACAUAUGGAGACAAUUAAUGACCUCUCUUGCACGGCUUAGGCGACGCAGACGCUGAUGCUGACUUUCUGCAAAACGUCGACCAUUCUCAGCCUCUUUUUCUAAAGGCUCAUGAGGCAAAUUUAGUAUGUAAUUUGUGUUUUAUGUUUUUAAGAAGCAAUUUUUGUCUUGUACCAAACAGUCCCAUGUAAAUGUUGGGCUGGGCUGCUGGGAAAAUAACAUUUUUUUUUUUUUUUUUUUU